GAGAUAACAGAGAACAAGUAUAAAAUUGAAUAAUGAAAUUAUUAAAGAAAAACAGCGUAAUAUUUUAGAAGUUGCAUAGAUUCGAAAAAAACCGUUAAAAUGAGUGUAAAAAUGGGAAUAUAGGGGUCGUUAAAGUAAAUACAUUUUUUGCCUGAACAUUAUCGAUUGUACCUAAUCUCUUACAAUACUUUUAUGUGUUAGUAAUAUUUUUUCACGAAGUAGGUUAUAGAUAUUUACUUUUUUGUUAGUAUUCAUAUAGUGAAUUGUAAAUAUUUAUUUUGAAAGUAUAGAAUAGAUGGAACAUAUUUGUUGAUUUUUCACAAUGACAAGCAUACCUGAUUUCACAGCAGAAACUGCAAAAGCUGCAUUGACUGAUAUUUUAGCAGCUUUAAAUACACCUCAAAAUAUUCAAAAACUUACAGAAGUGAAAGAGAAUUCCGGAAAUGAAAUGUUAAAAAUGAUGCAGUUUGUAUUUCCAAUUGUAACUCAAAUACAAAUGGAUGUUAUUAAGAAUUAUGGAUUUUUAGAAGGACGAGAAGGUACUGUACAAUUUGCUCAAUUGAUUAGAACAUUAGAACGAGAAGAUCCAGAAGUAGCACAAUUACAUAGUCAAGUAAGAUCCUAUUUUCUGCCAUCAAUAACAAAUCCUUCUGUGGAAGCUUCUCUUUAAAAUAAUAUUUUAUGUAUGUAGUAAAACAGAAGUAUACAUAUACUAUAUAUUCAAUCAUCUACUUCAUAUAAAUUUUUACAAACAG